AAAAUCUUGUUAGACACAAUGUCUCAACCCAAGUUAUUGGGCCUAUGGAGUUAGUUUUUCCUUUUUCUUUUUUCUAUUGUCUCUGCCAAUUUCGCCGUAUCCUUCACUUUGGAGACUCACAACUGAGGGUAACUUCGCGGCAUCAUAGAUGGCAUUGCGAGGAGUUUGGCAACUUAAAAAACUGAUAGUAAGCUAUUGUGAUUGGGGAGGGAGUAGCAGGGGCAUCAGGGCAUUUAUGGAGUCGGACUUACCGACUUUUAAAGAGAAAAACCCUCAGCUCGAGGUGGUUACUGAGCUCAUUCGUGGGCAGCAUCCACAUUUGAAGGGCUUUUACAAGAACAAAAACGAGCGGGUGGUAUGCGUGAAGAAUAAGACUCCUGAAGAUAUCCUUCUUUAUGCAACCAGACUAAGAAACGCAUUGGGAAGAAAGGUGGUGAAAUUGAAGACAAGGCAUGUAACCAAACACCCCAGUGUGCAAGGUACAUGGACAACUGAUGUGAAAUUUUGAGACACAAUAGUACAAGUUGUUCAAAAUUUUGUCACUAUGUUUCUUUGUUGUUCUAUUUAGCCAUGAAGGCAACUUUGCCGAAACAUUCCCUCGUUGGAGGUAAAUGAAACUGUUGUGUAUGGACAAAGCCUGUUGAUGUCGUAAUAAAUGAUUGGACCCAAAUAUUUAAUAA